ACUGAAAACAAUAUUAGUAAAAUUACAUUUAGUCACCAUUUAGUAUUUCUCUUCUCAUUUCUUAAAAGGCAGGUCACUACAAUUCUUGACAAGAAUUCUUGACUGAAUGCACAUGACCCUAGAUGCUCCACCAGGAUGUAACCAAUACCCCAAACCACAGCUUGCCUUGGAGUAGAUAGACUGUUAGUAUUUUAAUCCAAGUGGGCUUGGUUGUAGGACCCAGAGCUCUGUGCAUGCUGGAUCUUGUAGUCCCGAGACCGCAGACGUUCACGGUGCCUGGCGGUUGUUAGUUGAUGUCCAGUAGUUAUAGCUACGAGAGACAGCUGUAAUCCUAACACGUGCCUGCCGCUCACAAAUACACGGCUCUAGGCUCUGAGCUUGCAGCCCCGGAACUUAGGGUCUCGGACAGGGCUGCCUGCAGGACCGCGGCCUGCAGAGGCUUCGGUGUCCUGUGCUACGGUGGCCGCGCAGGGCCGCUUGCCUUACGUCCCGCGGUGCGUACGCGUUGUUCGGAGCGGCUGCUGGAGCCGGAGCGUGCCCUGGUGUGGGGACUCCGCGGCUGUACAGUUAUCCAGUCCUGUGUCGCGGAGAGGUGGGCUUGAGGCUGGCGGAGUGAAGAAGGUUGGAGCUUGGUGUUUGUAGUCUCCGAAUGGCCGGUUUGGGGGCCGUGGCCAACCACCGUCUGGGUUCCUGGAGGGUUUUGGAGCGUCUCUCGAUUCUGCUUCCUCCUGCGGGUUAUCUUUUGACGACUCCACGCCUUAUGAACAUACAUUGGAUUUUCUAAAAGAAUGGAAUCAAGUGAUGGCCUUUUCUUUACAAUUUGAAUAUGGAGGCUUCAGGAACAGAUGAAGUUGACAAGUUAAAAACUAAAUUUAUAUCUGCUUGGAACAACAUGAAAUAUAGUUGGGUAUUGAAAACAAAGACAUAUUUUAGUAGAAAUUCACCUGUUUUGUUGCUUGGAAAAUGUUAUCAUUUUAAAUAUGAAGAUGAAAGCAAGAUGUUGCCUGCAAGAUCAGGAUGUGCCAUUGAAGAUCAUGUGAUUGCAGGGAAUGUGGAAGAGUUCCGUAAGGAUUUUAUUUCUAGAAUAUGGCUGACCUACAGAGAAGAGUUUCCGCAAAUAGAAGCUUCAGCCUUGACGACAGACUGCGGCUGGGGCUGCACACUGCGGACCGGCCAGAUGCUGUUGGCUCAAGGACUCAUACUACAUUUUCUUGGUAGAGCUUGGACCUGGCCCGAGGCACUGCAUAUUGAGAAUUCAGACUCUGACUCAUGGACUUCCAACACUGUCAAAAAGUUUACUGCAUCGUUUGAAGCAUCACUUUCAGGGGAAAGAGAACUCAGAACUCCAGCAGUUUCUCUGAAGGAAACGUCUGGGAAGCAUUCUGAUGACCUUGCAGUACGGAAUGAGAUGUAUCACAGGAAAAUCAUCUCUUGGUUUGGAGAUUCCCCUGUGGCCGUCUUUGGCUUGCAUCGACUAAUCGAGUUCGGGAAGAAGUCUGGGAAAAAAGCUGGCGAUUGGUAUGGACCAGCAGUGGUUGCUCACAUUUUAAGAAAAGCAGUUGAAGAAGCAAGUCACCCGGAUUUGCAAGGCCUCACGAUUUACGUUGCCCAGGACUGUACAGUUUACAAUUCUGAUGUGAUUGAUAAGCAGACUGAUUCCAUGACGGCUGGAGACGCACACGACAAGGCUGUUAUUAUUUUAGUUCCUGUUAGACUUGGUGGAGAAAGGACCAAUACCGACUAUCUGGAGUUUGUGAAGGGUGUUUUAAGCCUUGAAUAUUGUGUAGGGAUCAUUGGCGGCAAACCUAAGCAGUCGUAUUACUUUGCUGGAUUUCAAGAUGACAGUUUGAUUUACAUGGAUCCUCAUUACUGCCAGUCUUUUGUAGAUGUCAGCAUAAAGGAUUUCCCUCUCGAGACAUUCCACUGCCCAUCUCCUAAAAAGAUGUCAUUUCGAAAAAUGGAUCCUAGUUGUACAAUAGGAUUUUACUGUCGUAAUGUCCAGGACUUUGAACGAGCAUCUGAAGAAAUCACUAAGAUGCUGAAAAUUUCCUCUAAGGAGAAAUAUCCAUUAUUUACUUUUGUAAAUGGCCAUUCCAGAGACUUUGAUUUCACAUCUACUGCAGCCAGUGAAGAAGACCUUUUCUCAGAAGACGAAAAAAAGAAUUUCAAAAGAUUUAGCACGGAAGAGUUUGUCCUCCUUUAAAGGUGAAGACAUUUGUGCUUAUGAGACGCACUUGAGCACAGCAGAGUUGAGAAGAGUGACGAGUGAGCUGGAGACCCUAGCCAAGCACAUCCCUUUAACAAUGCACAUUUGAAAACACCUAGAUUUUAAAGGUAUUUUUUCUGAAUACCUUUUCUAAAUGACUUGAUGGCUUUUGCUUUCCAGUGAUAAGUAACAAGCGAUUCUGGUUGCAUUCCUGUCUCCCAAAGAUGUGCUAACAGAACACUACAUUAACUGCAAGCUUUUCGACUUCCAGCAUUUUCUACCUGAGCCCAUUGGUCCCCUGAAGGUUUUAUUAUACGUGUUUCCUCAAAGAUUUGGAUCUCCAAAUUACUUUUAAAAGCUUCACUUUGUAUUAAUGACAGGAGACUGGAUCUUCAGAGCUACCCAACCUCCUGCUCUUAACGUAACCAGAGGAUGUUUUGGGUUUAUGUAUCUGGAUAAUGAAAUGGACACAUAAAAUUAUGUAAGCGGGGUUUUAAGGCAAUACUUAACCAAUAUGACUUUACAGCAGCCACUCUUUAUGCAUUCUGCAGAGUCUUCUAUGAGGAAUGAAUAUAAAACAUUUGUUUUCCUCUCUCUCCCUCUGUUCUCCCUCCCUCCUUCCUUCCUUGUUUCCUUCCUUUCUUCCUUUCUCCCUUCCUUUCUCCAUCCCUCCCUCCCCACUUCCUUCCUUCCUUCCUUACUUACUUCCUUCCUUCCUUCCUUCCUUCCUUCCGGACUGGGGAUUGAAUCCAGGUUCUUGUAUAUGAUGGGCAGGUGUUCUACCUCUGAGCUGUCCUAAAGUAUUGAUUUUCUCUACAUGUUUAAAAGUUAAAAUUUUCAUGAGUAUCUGUAUUUAUUUUAAUUAGGUAAAGGAAAUUACAGAAUUGUUGUAGCAUUUGUUUCCUAUCUUAAAAGUGAAAUUUUAUGGAAAUCCAAUGUAUUACUUAAUUUUUAACUCUAAUGAUGAAUAUAAGAAAAAUAUGGAUGCUUUCUGAUUUUACUGUUUGUAUAAAAUGAUAUCAUGGCAUUUAGGAGCUGAGACUAUGUACAGGUUAAAUCUGCCUUAAGUGUGCUGUGAGUUUACUUAAAGACAAACUUGUGAUAUAAGAGUUUAAGAGUUAUUACCAAGCCAGGAUUGUAAAACAAAUACUUUAAUUAAAAACAUGAGAACAUAA